CUCUUUUCGCCAGCGGUAAAAACAUUAGACUGCUUUGACUAUCCAGAAACGCCCCUCUCAAACGGAAACAUCAUUGGCUUGCUUAGCUGUCAAACUAGAGACCGUUUUGCUGGAAUUUGCAAAAUGAGGCAUGUUUUGACAGGACAGGUCAUCAGUUCAGUUCAGAAAAGUUUUGCAGAAAAAAGACGACCACCCAUUUAGGAUGGCUAGUUAGUUUAACACCGCAAGUUCUUAUUUAUUGCUGUAAAGCAGUAAGGUUAAUUGAGAUUACUUUCCGUGAUUAGGUUUGCGCGGGUGCGCGAUAGGAAGACCGCUGACAGGAAUACAUGAACUAUGGACACGUCUGAUGAAGGGAGGAUGCCCCGUUUGAAGGAAUUUUUGCUAACUUUCUUCAUGCCAGAAAAAUGUUAUGACAAUUUUUUUGUUUACUUCAACUUUAUGCACGUUCCCUGUCUGAAGAUUGUCUUAAGUAAGACUAUGGGAAUAUUGAUUUUGCUGGGAAUUGUUAUUGCUCCGCUCCCUCAGAUCUGGAAAGUUCUUUGGUCUGGAAGUUCUAAUGGACUGUGUGUGACCUCCGUUUUUCUAGAGCUGUUGGCCAUCUCCACUCAUGCUGCUUUCUGCUACAUUCAAAAAUUUCCCAUCGGUGCCUGGGGGGAGAGUUUGUUUGCACUGAUCCAGAUUGCUGUCCUAUCUUUGCUUGUCCAGCACUACCAGGGGAAAACCAUAAAAGGUUUAAAAAAGAGGUGUAUUUUUCUUGCUCUGUACUGUGGCUUUAUGUUCCUCUUGGCCUUACCUUUGACCCCUGCGUCAGUUGUUUGGACCCUGCAUGAGUGGAAUGUGCUGCUGGUUAUUGCUGGCAGGUUUUUGCAAGCAAGAAGUAACUUCAGAUGGGGACACACGGGGCAGCUGUCUGCUCUCUCUGUUUUCUUGGUGUUUCUUGGUUCUCUGGGACGCACCUUCAGUUCCCUGCAGGACACAGGCCUUUCUCUCUCAACUCAUUUGCAUGUGGUGGCCUGCUGUUGCAGUGCGGUGAUACUAGCACAGGUCCUGAUGUACUGGAGUAAAAGCGUGAAAGAAAGGCAAGUGGAGAAAGACAAGGCUGAAUGAAAGACGUAAGAUAAACUCUGUAUGGUGGACUAUUGAUGUUCACUCAAUGUGAACGCUUGUAAACGUAAUUUCGUCAGAUAAAUGGUCUGUGAAUUCUUUCCAGAUCAAUUUAAUUCACUUCACCUACAAACCAUCUUGCACGUUUUGUUUUUAAAUUAGCUCAUGGGAACAUGGUUUCAUUUCAUACCGAAAAUGUAUGUAUUGUGAAGUCUUAAUGUUUGGCUAGAAUGUGGCAAUUUUUGCUUUGGUAAAUUCGGUAUAAAUAGGAUGCAUUUAUUAUUUCGUUUAAACAUGCCCGAAAGUAAAUAACAAGGUUAAUUCACAAGUCAGCCUCUGUGUGGCAGUAGUCUUUUUAUAUAGCUGGUGGUUAUUGCAAUAAAGCACCAGUAGGUGGCAGAAGAGUAGUCUUUUUAAUAUUCCUGAGUUUCUACUGUUCAUGCAGUCUUUAUUACUAUAUCACUGUAAAUACAUGUUGUUCACAAUUUUUCUAUCUUUCUCUCCGUCACCUGUUCGGAUAUCUUUCGACUCGCUUAUAUUUACACCUCUGCGGUCGUCAGUCAUCAAAUGUGUCAUGUAGUUCUGAACUGUGGUUUCUUUCUUCCCAAACAUUGUUUAUUUUUUUUCCCAGAUGUCUUUUUCUGUAAUAAAAUAUAUUUCUGAUCUUUUAAAGCAUGCCGCUGCUCCCUUUUACACCCUUUUUUUUUACUUAUGCUGAGUGAAAGUGUCUUGGGGAUUAGCAGCGAAGUCAACAAGUAGUUUAAAGGUAUUGAAAUGACAGGCAGCCUGUCCUCUGUGUUUCGUUGACGCUGUGGCGUGGUUUGUUUGUUGGGUCUGGUUGUGUAGUCUUGGCUCUGUCUGCUUUGUGGGAGGUCUUCUCUGCAGGGCCCCGUGUGUUUCUGGAGCAGUGAAAACUCGCCGAAACACGAGUCACAAAGCGCGUGUGCAUGCGUGUGGUUCGCUCCUUAUCUACCUGUCUGACAGAUCUCAAUCCACCAUCAUAAUGAUCUAAUCUGCGUGUCUGUGUGGAAACACCACACUGUGCGUGUGUCUGUUCGGCCCUGCCCACGAGGGGCUGAAAUGAAUAGUGUGUGAGGACUUGAAAGAAUUAUGUCGGAAAACAAAGCGAUUUACUUAUAUAUUCCAUACUUACGACUUGUUCUGAUCUGAACCCGCGUGUCCUGUAUUAUCGGAGCACUUUGAUGUGUGUUUGUUUGGUUGUGUGUGAUAAGCGGCCCAUUGAUGCAGUUCUUCUGUACAUCUGAAGAAUGUGGUCUUGGUGUUUGGUGAGUAUUUCUAUCUGUGUGGGCCGCACAGAUCCGACUGCAGAUAGUCAUUCACGGUGUUCUGAGAUUUGAACAAACAUGAACAAAUCAAAAUUCUGAAUGAAUGCAGAUGAAGCAGACCUCGUUUGGAUGGGGGGUUUUGUCAGGAACUUUUAUCUGCCAGGAAUUGAUUUUGUUAUUAUUAUUAUUAUUUCAUGUUUUUUAUAUAAUAAGCAGAUUUUAGAUAUAUUUUCUGUGUGAAUGUGAAGUUUGCAUUAAAAACUGGAAACGGCCGCAUAUCUUUAGCAUUCGUUUUUUGCAGCAUUUCAUGCGCUUUUCAUUGACGUGCUUAUUGUUUUACCAUUGUUCUAGACCCAGACUGUCAGUUUUGAAAUAUAAAAAUCACUGUAAAAUAUGAUUACAUUUUAAAUCUAUUUUGCAAUGAACAAAUUACGUACAUAAAAAAAAUAAAUGCA